AUGGUCAUCCAUUCAGGCCGCCUGGCUGAAUCCAUCCAGAUGCCAACUCGACUCGAGCAGGAGCCGGGUCCAAAGCAGCUGCCCGUGACUCUACUAUCAGGAUUUCUGGGAAGCGGAAAAACGACCUUGUUGAAGCAUAUCCUCAAAUCGACCGACCAUGGCCUUCGAAUUGCCGUCAUUGUCAAUGACAUGAGCCAGCUCAACAUUGAUGCGGCUCUGAUCAAGAACCACAAAGUAUCCAAGCCUACUGAAAAGGUCAUUCAGCUGCAAAAUGGCUGCAUCUGUUGCACUCUUCGGGGCGAUCUGCUCUCUGAACUGGGGCGCUUGGCCAAACAGAAUGACAUCGAGUAUGUCAUCAUCGAGAGCACAGGCAUUAGCGAGCCAAUGCAGGUUGCGGAGACGUUCACGACGGAGUUCAGUACUGCCAUGCUCCAGGCAGAAGAUCAAAUGGCAGACGUGGAUGAUGCAUCCACCAAGAUACUCCGAGAGAUUGCCGAGAUGGGCGGCUUGCACAAGAUUGCCCGCCUCGAUACCACAGUGACCGUGAUCGAUGCAUUCAACCUUCUCUCCAAUUUUGACACCGCAGAGUUCCUGUCCGACCGUUACGGACGUGACGAGAUCAUCCCCGAAGAUGAACGGACCAUUUCAGAUCUAAUGGUCGAUCAAAUCGAGUUUGCAGACGUGCUCAUGAUCAACAAGAUUGAGACUGUCGACUCUGCCACACGGGAGAGGAUCACACGUCUCAUUAAUCUACUCAAUCCCAACGCCAAGGUCCUCUUGUCCAGUUACUCUCAAGUUGACGUCAGAGAGAUCGUCGCCACGAAUCGCUUCGACUUUGUCCGUGCCGCGUCUGGUUCAGGUUGGCUUCGUAGCCUGCACGAGAUGACCCUUCAACAGACAGGCAACGGAGAGCGACUUGCGCCGAAGCCAGAAACCCUCGAAUACGGAAUCAACAACUUUGUCUACUCAGCUCGUCGUCCCUUCCAUCCUCGACGUCUCUUCUCGCUGGACUUUGAUCAGCCCGAAACAGAAGAGAUCCUCAAGAACAAGCGCAAUCAUCCAGCUUUCGCGUCAAUCUUGCGAUCGAAAGGCUUCUUUUGGCUCUGCACUCGACCCUUCCAAUUUGGCGAGUGGAGCCAAGCAGGGGCCAUGUUGACCGUUGGCUGUGGGGGGCCCUGGUUUGCAGAGUUACCUGAUCAAGCGUGGCCCGAGGACAAAGAUGUCCGCAAAUCAAUUGAAAACGACUUUGCUGGUCCUUGGGGGGAUCGACGCCAAGAGCUGGUAUUCAUUGGCGAAGGUGUUGAUCCAGAUGCCAUCUCCGCCCUGCUAGACGGAUGUCUGAUCAGUGAGGAGGAAAUGCAGCAAUGGGAAGGAGUGAUGUGUGAUUCCAAACUCGAUCGAGAGGAGAAAAUGGAGAUCCUCGCUGAUGUUUGGGAGGAUGGAUGGGAGGAUUGGCCAGAGCUUGAUCUCGACGAUGAUCAAGAUGAUCACACGAAGCAUCGAGCCAGUCAUGCAUUAGUAGUAGGACUAGGCCAUGAGGUCGGCUCACACAAACACCACAAUCACAGCCAUUGA